AUGGGGAAGUUGCCACGACUGCACGGAGGAGCGAUGUGGAGGCAAGUAAGCUGGAUACUGUGCGUCUUUGUGUCCUCACAGAUCCCUUUAUGGUCUGUUUGUGCUGCAGCAGAAGAACAGGACGAAGAGGUGAAGAUUGAAGUUUUAUUCAAGCCUGAGCCAUGCUCUCCAAGGAGCAAGAAAGGAGAUCUGAUGAACGUACAUUACGACGGGUACCUCGCCAAGGAUGGGUCUCAGUUCUACUGCAGUCGGUCAGACAAAGCUGGCCACCCUCAGUGGUUUGUGCUGGGCGUGGGACAAAUCCUUAAGGGCCUCGACAUAGGGAUGGAGGACAUGUGUGCUGGAGAGAAACGAAAAAUAACAGUUCCACCAGCUCUGGCCUUUGGAGAAAAGGGGAAACAUCCAGUGCCACCGAACGCCACAGUGAUCUUUGAGGUGGAGGUGUACAUGGUGUCCAGGGGACCGCGCAGCAUGGAGGCUUUUGGAGAGAUGGACCAAGAUAAAGACAAGAGUCUCACUAAGGAUGAGGUAAAACAGCACCUGAAAAUGCAGUAUGAAAGAGAUGGGAAGACAUACGAUGAGCCUUUCUAUGAGAAGAUCAUGGCCGAUAUAUUCUACAAGAACGACCAGGACAGAGACGGACAGAUCAGUAUGAAGGAGUAUAAUGUUUUUAAGCAUGAUGAACUCUAGUGUUGAUUGUCUUAGUUGUGUUUUUUAGUAGAUGUGCUUUUUAACAAAGAGACAAAAUGAGGAAUAUUUAAGAGGAAAUCCAUUAAGAACAUUUUACACUUUUCCAUCUGUUUAGGUUGAUUUUUUCUUUUCAAACAUGUUAUUAUGAUGACCCAUCACUUCUGAGUCAGUUUAAAGUUUUUUAUUUUUCCCCCAAUGCCAUUUAAGGCCCCUGGAUGCAGUCACAGUGCUUUUUGAAGACCCCUUGGUGCACUUUGGCCCACUGAAAACACUGUUGUUCAAUGAGUGCCUUCAAAACCACUAAUUUUGUAAUGCUACUCUGAUGGAAAUCUCAGUAUUAUCAAAACAUAAAAGCAGUAAACAUAACUGAGACACCGAAUAUUAAAUGUCAGAUAAGUCUGCCACUGGAUAUAUGAAACUAUUCAAAUAGGAUCUAACAUGCUUGCUCUGUUGUUAAAAGGAUGUUGAACUGUUACAGGUUGGAUUUUUCCUUUAUGAUAAAGCCACAAAAUACAUGUGUUGUUCUGUUUGAAGAAACUUUCCAGGAAGAAUAAUAGAUCUCACUGUUUUCAAACUAAGUGCUUAACCUGUGCAAGUUAGAAAGUCUCUUAGACAUGUACAAACAACAUUUAGUUUUGUGAAAAUACUUGUUAAUUUUAAAAAGGUACACACACUUUGGCAUAUUUACUAGGUAACAAACAAGUAAAUAACUGCUUGUUAACCAUUAUUUAAUGUGUAGAUCGUGAGUAACUCAUCAAAUUGAAUUAAGUAAUUGAUUAUUACUUUCAGUUGAUCCUUGUACUGGUUUUUUCAUGUUUACCUUUUUAUUAGUUACUCAUUUUGUUUCCCCCAUAAGUGCAGCAUUAUACAGAGGAGCAGCUAUGGCAGUUUUAGUGUAGGUUCACUCACAGUCAGUUUCUCAUUUGUUUCAUGGUAAAGAUGCCAAUUUUAGUAUACCUGAUUUUACAGUGUUAACAAAAUGCCACUUAUAUUUUUGCAAGUGGCAUAUCUUUUAUCUCCUGUACUUUGUUUUUGUCAUGUUGCAAAACAAGUUUAACCUUGUUGCACAAAAUAAAAAAUAUAUUGUACAAUCUUGUAAAAUUCUGACCACAGAGUGGUACUUUCCCUUAGAAUUUUCCUCCCCUUUAUUCUGCACUUUUAAAGAAAAGGUGACUGCUUGAACUAAAUAAUUUCUGUCCUAUCUGAAUGAGACCCCGAAUGUUCAUUUUGGUUUUCCUGCAACACAGCAAUAAAUAAAAAAUUUUAAAUAAUUCUCUAGAUUUUCCAUAUACAUAUAACUAAAUUGCUUCAAAAAUAACAGUAAUUUAUGUAAAACUUGGGGGAUAUGUUUGUAUUGGAA